UGUUGCUUCGUAGUAGACAGCCCCAUGUCCAUUAUGAUCACUGUUUAUCACUCACAGAUAUACACGCCCACACAAAUCACGCAGAUUGUAACGUUCAGUGGAAUCAUUAGUAGUUCCCUAUACUUAUCUUACUUGGCGUCCCCGAGCUGGAACUAGUCUGUCAUCGUACACGAUAUGAAUGUCAUACGAUGUCGCGUACUGCGGAGUGUCGAGGUGGGUGUCGUCAUAACGUUGUUCUCCGCAAUGUUCUUGUAUGUCAUGUGGCAGACGUUGGGGACAUGCGACCCCAACAUUGCCCCCAUCCUUACCUCUUGCACCACAGACCAUGCCCCACCCCUAGACCCGGUGGAAGGGUCAAAGAGAGGUAUCAUCACCCCCGUGUACAUAGUGGAAGAACAUCACGAAGUGUUACUCUACUGGUUUGACGCUGCUGAGAAGGGUUUCAUCAAACGGACAGGAAAUGUGUUGCUCCACAUCGACGGCCAUUCCGAUGCCGCAACUCCAGAGCAGCGCGGCAUCUUGCCUUUCUUCAGGUUUCCAACAGUACGGGACAUCUACAACAUGAUGCAGAGAAACGACGUCUUCAUUGUCGCUGCGAGUUUCACCGGUCUCAUUAAGCGGUACAUCUGGGUAUGGCCACCAUGGGACGGUGCCGAUGCCAUGUCAGAUCACCACAUCGCCAAGGCCAAACUAGGAACUGUCUUUAGAGAAGAUCAAAAUGGAAACAUGAUAGAGGAUAUCUGCGGAUGUUUUCAGACAUACCCUGAGGAUCUUGUCUUGCCCAGAGGAGAACACUGUUUUAUGCCCAACAUUACAGACCUAUACAGCGAACAUGAGGAGGUUUCUAUAGAUAAGGAGAGGUGUAAGAUACGGGUGGACGAUGCAUUAGUGGAGAUAGUCUCAGAGGAGAAGGCUAUAGCGCUUAUGAAAACAGGUAACUGGAUUACCUCCCAUGACAGCGUCAUCCUUGACAUUGACGAGGACUACUACGGAUGCGAGGCUGCAGUUCAGCCUCUUUUUGAUGUCAAAGUCACACAGAAAAUGUUGAAUUGGAUCGAAUUCUUUGUCGGCCAUAUUUUCUGCCCAACACAACCGAGGCAGGAAUUGGAAGCAGAUAAGUUCUUCUCUAACCUCCUGGACAAAGUGAUUGACGUCAAAGUAAUGUGUAAACAAAGGCCUAAUGUAUCCCCACUUUGCAGAGACGACAACGCAAUGCGAGAACACUUGUUUAAAUCAGUUGACGCCAUUUUUCAGACUGUCGCCCAACGGAAAUUACGACGUGCCCUUUGUGGCCGUGAUAACUUUACAAAGGUGGCUUUAAGAGGUCUCAUGAAAAGAUUCAGUUCGUAUAACAUAGUCCAACUGAAAGCCGUGAAAGAAAAUGGAAUAUGUUUCUUUGUGACGCCGAGGACCUUGGACCCAGUGAAGGGCAUGCGCACAUGCGACGGCUUCAACAGACCAAACGAAACCGUUGUUACGUUCCACACGCCCACGACAGAGGAGGUGAGCUUCAGGACCAGCCAGCUCCGGGUGAUGCUGGGCGCGGCGGAGAUUCAGCCAGGUGUGGUCACUGUGUGUCGCUCUAUGAGGGACGGAUACACACCCAGGAAAUAUUUCCACGUCAUUGAACAAGAUGUCCUAGGUGUGUUGAAGGACGUGUUUCAGUCUGUUGAUGACACUGCUAUAUUUUACGACCCCUAUUUACUGGGCGGGACCUUCGGAUGGCCAAACAGACACUGACGAAGUUUAGAUUUGAUUACAAAUAUUGGUACAAUUAUGCAUAUCAGCUUGGGAUCUUAAAUGUAUAGAUGUAUUUUCGACAACAUUUGGUAGUAUCACUAUUUGAUAGUUUAGAUUUGAUUACAAAUAUUGAUACAAUUAUGCAUAUCAGCUUGGGAUCUUAAAUGUAUAGAUGUAUUUUCGACAACAUUUGGUAGUAUCACUAUUUGAUAGUUUAGAUUUGAUUACAAAUAUUGAUACAAUUAUGCAUAUCAGCUUGGGAUCUUAAAUGUAUAGAUGUAUUUUCGACAACAUUUGGUAGUAUCACUAUUUGAUAGUUUAGAUUUGAUUACAAAUGUUGAUACAAUUAUGCAUAUCAGCUUGGGAUCUUAAAUGUAUAGAUGUAUUUUCGACAACAUUUGGUAGUAUCACUAUUUGAUAGCUAUUUGUAGACUUAUGAUUUACGGUAGUCGGAAUCUUACAAUGAACUCUGCUUUUGGCAGAUAUUUCUUGUGAUUAUUGAAAGGUUUUUGUCGCUUUUAUUUGUUGCAAAUAACCCCUGAAGUAAAGCUCUCAUUAGUAAGUAUACAUUCAUUCACACAUAUGAUGGAUGUGGCGUAGCCUAGUGAUUAAAGCGUUCCCUCAUCACGCUGAAGACCCGGGUUCGAUACCCCACAUGGGUAUAAUGUGUGAAGCCCAUUGCUGGUGUCCCCCGCCAUGAUGAUGCUGGAAUAUUGCUAAAAGCGGCGUAAAAUACAACUCACCCACUCAUUUAUGCAUGUAAAGUGACACAUCCUCAACUUUCAGGGGUCGAUAUUCUUAGGAUGGUGCUGAAAAAUGUGUUCCCCAUAAUGUUUGAAAAACAUUAAUUUGAACAAAAUAAAUCGUGCUCCCCCGUGGCUAGCCGAAUAUUAGAUAGUAGAUCAUUCGGUUCUGGUGGCCAUCGAAAAUACAUAUCGAUAAGAAUGCAUUCGGCACCACAUCAUUCAGUUGAAGAUGACGAGGAUUCACUGUUUAUCACACAACCAGAAUUGUACGUUGAUAAAAUAGAAUUAAUAAAAUAUUCUCGUUUUCA